AUGCGCUGCACACUGCACAAGUCAAAACGACGCAAGCUGUCGAUUCCCUUGGACCUUGUAAAGUCGCGCUCUCCACACUUGAUUUUGUUGUCUUGACCAUUCCAGAGGUCGAGGCAGUACAGGGCCUUUCCCUCUUUCCCACCAUCGUUUCUAACGUCCGGACGUCCCACGAGAGGGGUUAGCUUGGAAUCUCGUUGCAAACAUGUCUCGGCUGUUGAUCCGCGGCGGGACGGUGGUGAACGCCGACCGGAAGUUUGUUGCAGACGUCUACUGUGAAGAUGGAAUUAUCAAGCAAGUGGCACCGAACAUCACCCAGCCGAGCCAAUGCGAAGUCGUCGACGCCACCGGCAAACUUGUCAUGCCAGGUGGAAUCGACACUCACACCCACAUGCAGCUGCCGUUCAUGGGCACCGUUGCCGUCGACGACUUCUACAGCGGCACCCGGGCUGCCGUGGCCGGAGGCACAACCAUGAUCAUUGACUUUGUGCUGGGCAGUCGUGGCACAUCGCUGCUGGAUGCUUACGACCAAUGGCGUGGCUGGGCUGAUCCCAAGGUGGUGUGUGACUACUCAUUCCAUGUGGGUGUCACGUGGUGGAGUGAACAAGUCGGCAAGGACAUGAAGAAACUGGUUGAUGAGAAAGGUGUGAACUCAUUCAAGAUGUUCCUUGCUUACAAGAAUGUCUUUCAGCUGGAUGAUUCGGAGCUGCUAGCUUCAUUCAAGGUCUGCGGUGAGAUCGGUGCUUUGGCGCAGGUGCAUGCCGAGAACGGCGAUGUCAUUGAUGAUCAAUCUAAGCGUAUGAUUGAGCUGGGAAUCACUGGUCCGGAGGGCCAUGCCAUGUGUCGUCCAGAGGAGGUUGAAGGAGAAGCCACUACUCGUGCUACCGUCCUCGCUCAUCAGGUCAACUGUCCACUGUAUGUUGUGCAUGUGAUGAGCAAGAGUGCUGCGGACGCCGUGCUCGACGCCAGGAAAAAGGGGCGUAUUGUGUUUGGUGAGCCGAUCGCAGCCAGCCUGGGCACUGACGGCACACACUACUGCCACCAUGACUGGAGCCAUGCAGCUGCUCACGUCAUGGGACCACCGCUGCGACCCGACAAGGGCACACCGGAGUACUUGAUGAAGCUGCUGGCCAGCGGCCAGCUAGACUGCACGGGAACAGACAACUGCACGUUCAACAGGAACCAGAAGGCCAUGGGCCGUGACGACUUCCGCAAAAUUCCCAACGGAGUCAACGGUGUCGAGGAUCGCAUGAGCGUCAUCUGGGAGAAGGGAGUGCAUGCCGGCAUGAUGGACGCUUGUCGCUUUGUGGCCGUCACCAGCACAACAGCCGCUCGCAUCUUCAACAUCUACCCACGCAAGGGUAUAAUUGCUCCAGGCUCCGAUGCCGACAUAGUAGUGUGGGACCCGGAGGCAUCACGCACCAUCUCUGCCAACACCCACCACCAGGCGGUCGACUUCAACAUCUUCGAGGGCAUGACCUGCCAUGGAGUAGCCGUGGUAACCAUCAGCCGUGGCAAGGUCGUCUGGGACCACGGAAAGCUGAACGUGGAGCGUGGUGCCGGACGGUACAUUCCCCGUGAGCCCUACUCCACCAUUGUCUACGAUACCAUCCUGCGGCGCAACACGACGCGUCAGCCGCAGAAGGUCGACAGGAAGCCCUACUCCGGCCCUGUGUGGACCAAGGACGGUGACAUCAUGGUGGGCGACGCAGCACCAGCGUCCGCCGAAUCCUCGGCCGCCGACGACACGCCGACAAAGGAUACGUCCUCGUCGCAGACCACUACACCAGGCUCUUCCUCACGACGAACGGAGGCUCCUGGCGGUGGUCGUGCCAGCUCACGUGUGCUGCAACCACCGGGUGGCGGCGGAUCUGGCAUCUUCUUCGGAUAAGCUAGGCGGCCACGUGUGCGUGUGCUGUGCGCUGACGCCGGUCAAUGCUCGGUCAUGCAUACACCAUCCCCGCGACCAUUUGCCUUUUUUCUUCUUUUUCUUCUUUUCGCUGGAUGAGUCCCACAUCUUUCCUUUCUACCGGAAAACUUCGCGUACCCUCACCCUGUACCAACUGUGUGAGAUCGUCAUCCUGUGCUUGUCUUCUUGCUGCUCUCAAUUUCCUAUCCUAUUUUAGCCGUAUGCAAUAUUUUACUCUCUAGGUGGCCCCGUAUUGUGAAAAUAUUCGUAUAACCCUGCUUGUUGUUUUGUAUCGUUGCUUAGCAGUGCUUUUCAGCUUCAGCCUGGAUCCACUCUCUUCCCGCUAUACGCUGCGCUUUGUCUGCGAUCUCUUUACGUGCUUCUGUACUCGCUGUGCUGCUGAAUUCGGCGCUGCCCGCCUCGUUCUGCAUCUCUUGUUGGAGACGAUGCUCUCGGCAUCUUCAGCAUUAAUUUUCUGCUUUGUCCUGUUUCAUCAUUACUGUGCUGUGUGCCAUGUAUCCAUCUUGGUGCUUCAGCUUGCCAAAGGUUACUUACUGUGCUUACGCAUAGAAACAAUGCUGCGAGUCCGAUCGCAGCAAGUGUAGUAGAUAAAGCUUUGAUUGCUUUUUUUUUUGGUUUUUAUUGCCAUGCUGUUUCAUUGCUCUCAUUUUAGCCAUCUGUCGGCUCCGUGUUUCGAGUUUUAAAGUUUUAUCCUCGUAGUGCUGUGUGUUUGCUAGGUUUCGUUCAUGCUCUGUCGGGCUUUUGCCAUUGGAUUUGGUGUUUUCUUUUUCUUUCUUUUUUUAGAGAUGUAGACUUUUCACCGUGGUAA